UUCAUUAUUGUUCACUAAAGCAGGAAUUUCGAAACAAGUAAUCGUACGUGGUUGUCAUUUUGUUUUGUUCGCCUACAGCAACCUUUCUUGAAAUGCUAGCUGCAAACAAUGAUCAUACUUGGUUACUUUCCUUACUCUCCUUUCUCCGCAAUGGCCACCAAUUCUCGUUUGGGUUUCAUGCUUUUAGUAUGGAUUUUAUACGUAACCCUUCUUUAUCAUGGAGAAGCUGCUGCAGCAACAAUAACAGACCCACAAGAAGUUAAAGCACUGAAAGCUAUAAGAGAAAAAAUGAGGAAUAGAAAAUGGGACUUCAGUGAGGAUCCUUGCAGUGGAAAAGGAAGCUGGAAUGUUAGCCAGGAUUUUGGGACCCAAAAUAAGGUGGUCUGUGAGAUGCAUACGACAGAGGGGAGAUCCUUUUUCCACGUUACCCGAAUGCAUAUAUCUGAAAAGCCAGAACCUGACUGGAGUUGUCCCACCGGAGCUAGCCAAUCUUACAUACCUUGAGGACAUUGAUUUUAGUAAUAACCAUCUCAAUGGACAAAUACCACUAGAAUUGGGAUCCUUGACUUAUUUAAAAAAUUUGUCACUUGGCAUGAAUCAUCUAGCAGGUUAUAUUCCAAAAGAACUUGGAAACCUCACAAAUUUAAAAAAAAUGGAUUUAUUUUCAAAUGAGUUAUAUGGGCGACUACCACAAUCACUUGUAAAUUUGACCCAACUUAAAAUGUUGCAUAUUGAAAGUAAUCAGUUACAUGGGGAGAUACCUCAAAUAUAUGGACAUUUUCAUGGAUUGGAACAUUUCGUAGCAAGUAGUAACGGUUUUAGUGGUAAAAUACCAAAUUUCAUUGGAAACUGGAGAAACCUUACAAUUUUGCGACUUGAAGCUACUUCUUUAGAAGGUCCAAUUCCUUCAACCUUUUCAAAUUUGAUUCAACUAAAGGACUUCAGGAGGAUAUCUUAUUUGAUUGGAGAUGGAUCAAAUUUGUCAUUUAUGCAAAAUUUAACAAAAUUAAAAACAAUCGUGCUAAGAAAUGCAUCAAUUUAUGGAGAAAUUCCCAAUUAUCUUGGAGAUUCUAUCAAACCAAAGACAUUGGAUUUGAGAUUUAAUAAUUUGACUGGAUCAAUUCCAAAGACAUUAAAAAAUAUGGCGAAUAAGCAUCCAAAAAUAGAAUAUUUGUAUCUUGGAAAUAACAAUUUGGCUGGGAAACUGCAAGAAUGGUUAAACACAAUUAAUUACGUAGAUCUAUCAUACAAUUACUUUUCAGGGGAGCUGAAUACUUCAUGGAUAACAAAUAAAGAACAAAUAAAUUUGAUCGAGAACUCAUUUGACAGCAAUGUUUUUAAUGGAAGAGAUCAAACUUAUCUUCAAAGAGGGUUCACCUGCAAAGCUUCGCAAUACACUUCUUUGGCCAUCAACUGUGGAGGUAAUCCAUGGAGGACUUACGAGGGGGAUACCAAUCCAUUAGGCCCUUCCUCCUACUUUCUCAGCUCUAAUGGGAAAUGGGCAGUCAGUAACACAGGACAUUUUAUGGAUGCUGAAAAACAUCAAUGGAUAGUGACAGGCAACAGCUCUGAAUUUGCCAAAGGAAUAAAUUCAGAUGUGUACGGAACAGCACGCUGUGCUUCUAGCUCCUUGAGAUACUAUGCAUUGUGCCUUCAAAAUGGAGAGUAUAAUGUACAACUCCACUUUGCUGAGAUAGUAAUAUCCAACGGAACGACCUUUGCAAGUCUAGGAAGGCGCGUCUUUGAUGUUUAUAUUCAGGGAAGUAGAAGAUUGAAAGAUUUUAACAUCAAGGAUGCUGCUGGAGGCUCAUAUAAGGUAGUAAUCAGAAAUUUCAUUGUAAAUGUGACUGAGAACUAUUUGGAAAUCCAUUUCUUUUGGGCUGGAAAGGGAACAUAUGACAUACCAGUGAAGGGGACAUAUGGACCUUUGGUAUCAGCUAUCAAAAUCAGUCCAAACUUCGAAAUGAACAGCACAAGGAAUAGUAGAGAAAAAAGCAACAAAAUUAUGAUUAUCUGCAUAGUUUCUGGGGCAGUAACUUGUUUAGGCUUCGCAGUGUGCUUAUCAUUCAUCUUCAUUAGAAAAAGAAAAAGAAUGAAGAGCAGAUCCUUAGCAGCUAAUGAUGACACAGAAUUGACAAAUAUGGACACAAUUUCAAAUACAUUCAGUCUGGAGGUGAUUAAAAAUGCCACAAAUGACUUCAACCCUGAGAAUAAGAUAGGAGAGGGAGGAUUCGGUGCUGUUUUUAAGGGAAUUCUUCCAGACGGAAAAAUGGUUGCAGUCAAGCAGAUGUUUCCCAAGGCAAGACGAGGCAUUCGAGACUUUCUUAAUGAAGUGGGUACAAUAUCUGCAAUGCAGCAUCCCAAUCUUGUGGAAUUGUAUGGUUUUUGCGUAGAGGGAAAACAGCUCCUCUUGGUCUAUGAAUACAUGGAGAACAACAGUUUAGCUCGUUGUUUGUAUGGUCCUAAAGAAUAUAGACUCAAUCUUGACUGGCCUCGACGUUACAACAUUUCCCUUGGGAUUGCGCAUGGCCUGGCAUACUUGCAUGAGGGAUCUAGACUGAGAAUUAUUCAUCGAGAUAUCAAAACAAUGAACAUUCUCUUAGAUCAACAUUUGAAUCCAAAAAUCUCCGACUUUGGAUUAGCCAAGUUAUUUGAUCAAGACAAAACUCAUGUCACCACCAGACUGGCGGGAACAAUGGGAUAUAUGGCUCCCGAAUAUGCUUUGAAAGGUCGUCUCACCGAGAAGGCAGAUGUCUACAGUUUUGGAGUGGUGGUCCUUGAAGUUGUAAGUGGCAGAUCUCGCAUAGACAAGAAAUUGAGGGAAGAGAUGGUUUAUCUGCUGGAAUGGACUUGGCAUUUGUAUGAGAAGAAAAUGUUGCUGGAUUUGUUGGAUGUGAAUCUCAAAAACUCAGGCUACUCCAAGGAAGAAGUUUUAAGGGUGAUCAAUGUGGGUCUGUUAUGCACCCACGAAUCCCCUUCGCAACGACCUUCAAUGUCUACAGUUGUUGGAAUGCUGGAAGGGAAAAUAGAAGCGCUUGUUUCACAUUCUCGACCAUCAUAUAUAUUGGGAUGACAGACCAAUCUAUAUAUAUAUAUAUAUAUACAGAAGAGAAGCCAUUGUGACACACAGAAUGCUUUGGCUUGGAAGGACCAUCCAACGACAGUUCCUCUACCUAAGCAGGCUCUAUUAAUAAGAAUUAAACGAAGGGACGAUGACAGCAAGAGUUAACUUAUAUUACAGAGUAUCUUCUGAUUUCUAUAAAUUUCUCUCUCUGUGCAACCCUUAAUCAAAUUAUCGAUAAUAAUCCUACGUUGAUGACUGGGUCACCUCUAACAUGCACAAUAUAUAAACAUGAACAUAUUGAACAUUAUAUUUAUUAAGUGCUUCUUAAGAAAAACAUGCAUGCAUAUUAGAACUUACUAAACAAAUUGAAAUGACAUACUAAGUAGAGAUGUUGCUGGUAAAUGAAUUUAUCCCUCCUCCGAUUAAAGGAAGAA